GUUGUUGGGGCGAUUUGGCUGGUUCCUUGGCCCUUUACAAAGAGAUAGAGGUUAAGGGUUUGGUUUCCCCCGAUUUGUGCACCUGUAACACCCUCAUCACUGUGCUUUGCAAGCAUCGCAAGGUGGAGGAUGCACUCCUUUUGUGGGAGGAGCUGAACGGGUCACCUCAUCAAUCUGACAACUUCACUCACACCAUCCUUAUUCAAGCUUGUUCUAAGACCUAUAGAAUAGAGGAUGCCACCAGAAUUUUUAGGUACAUGCAGGGCCACGGUUUCCGUUCUGAUACGCUUGUUUAUAACUCUUUGUUCCAUGGACUCUUCAAGGCCACAAAGGUUUCUGAGGGUGAAGGCGUUCUCUUGGACUUCCAAUAUGCUGAUUCAUGGAUUGGUUAAGAAUGGGAGGGCGGAAGCUGCUUACACUCUGUUUUGUGAUCUCAAGAAGAAGGGUCAGUUUGUGGAUGGGAUUACUUGCAGCAUUAUUGUGCUGCAGCUUUGUAAGGAGGGUCAAUUGGAGGAGGCGCUGCAUUUGGGGGAGGAAAUGGAAAGCAGGGGUUUUGUUGUUGAUCUUGUUACCAUAACUUCUCUCUUGAUUAGCAUUCAUAAACACGGUCGCUGGGACUGGACAGAAAGGCUUUUGAAGCAUGUCAGGGAAGGUGAUUUAGUGCCCAGUGUUCUCAAGUGGAAAGCUGGAAUGAAAGCUUCUAUGAAGAACCCUCCUUGCAAGAAAGAGGAUUAUUCCCCGUUGUUCCCUUCGAAGGGAGAUUUUAGUGACAUCUUGAGCUUCAUGAAUGCCAACCUUGAUCCUCAUGAUGGGGAGGAAAAUUCAUGCAAUGAAAUUGACGAGUGGUCAUCAUCUCCACACAUGGAUAAAUUGGCCAAUCAAGUUAGCUCCACUGGCUAUUCUUCACAGCUGUUUACCCCUUCCCGUGGACAACGGGUUCAAGAAAAAGGAUCGGAUUCUUUUGAUAUUGACAUGGUGAAUACUUUCUUGUCUAUAUUUUUGGCCAAAGGAAAGUUAAGCUUGACUUGCAAAUUGUUUUGAGAUUUUCAGUGACACAGGUGUGGAUCCUGUGAGUUAUACUAACAAUUCUAUCAUGAGCUCUUUUGUUAAAAAGGGCUAUUUCACUGAGGCUUGGGCUAUUCUUACUGAAAUGGGAGAAAAGGUUUGCCCUGCGGAUAUAGCAACCUACAAUAUGCUAAUUCAAGGUUUGGGAAAGGUGGGAAGAGCAGAUCUUGCCAGUGCUGUUCUUGAUAGGCUAGUGAAGCAGGGUGGUUAUCUUGACAUUGUUAUGUACAACACUCUCAUCAAUGCUCUGGGGAAGGCCGGCCGAAUCGAUGAAGUGAACCAGUUCUUUGAACAAAUGAAGAGUAGUGGGAUAAAUCCUGAUGUUGUCACUUAUAACACAUUAAUUGAAGUUCAUAGUAAGGCAGGGCGAUUGAAAGAUGCUUAUAAGUUCUUGAAAAUGAUGCUGGAUGCUGGAUGCAACCCUAACCACGUUACAGACACUACUUUAGAUUAUCUAGGGCGGGAAAUUGAUAAAUUGAGAUGCCAAAAGGCAUCCAUUUUGAGGGAAAAGGAUGAUCCUUCGUGAGAUGAGUUUUUUAAAGCUAAAGUGGGGUGGAUGGGAUAAAAUUCCAACAGUCUUGGAAAAAUGGAAUUUGUAAUAUAAUUUUUAGAAGUAUACAGUUAUCAAUUCUUACUCCAAACGUUUAAGUAUAUCUGUAAUGUAGUUUUUGGUGGGAUUGGUUCUGACUUCUAACUCAACGUGAAUUUGACUAGCAGUAAUUAGAAUAUUUAAAAAUUAACAUGAUUUUUUAUACAAUUAUUAUUUUUUAUUUUUUUAGAUACACGUAUUUUAAAAUAUAUAUCAAAAUUAAAAAAAGACGCUAAAAGAUGUUUCCCUUUAAAUGUAUAAAAAAUAAUUUUCUUUGACUUUUGCUGUACUGUGCCUUUCGGAGAGAAAUUGGAGUAAAUGGUUUUAUUUAUUCAAAGGGAAUUUCUUAAAGAGAGAAAAUAUAUUUAGCUAAGGUCCCACAAAAUCUAUGAUUGAUUCGCAGGGAGAAUAGCUAUAAGAAUCUCUCCUCUUUUAGUGGUGACAAGUGCCAACUAAUAGAUUUUAUUCAAGCCAAGAGACCAUGUGAACCACCAGAUUUUGAUUUUUGCAGAGGUAAACCUAUCCUAUUAGAUUCCGCAUGCCACAUGGCAACCCACCAUCUCACUACCGAUUCGCACUCCAAUCCGUUAAGAUAAGACCCCCCAUACAUCAACAAAUUUGCAUCUCUUUCCCCAGCAUCAAACAUAUACACGGAAACAGAGAGUGCAACUCAAACAAAUCGUUUAUUUUUCCAAUCCAGGUGAGCCUGACAUGGCUUCGGCUUGUGCUUCCUCUGCCAUUGCAGCUGUUGCCAUCUCUACGCCAAGUUCCCAGAAGAAUGGAUCACCAUUGGGAACCCCAAAAGCUUCUUUCUUUGGUGGGAGGAAAUUGAGGGUGAACAAGUACAAGGCACCAGUUGGAGGCCGAUCCACCACCACAGUGUGUGCAGUAGCUGAACCUAACAGGCCUCUCUGGUUUCCAGGCAGCACUCCUCCUCCAUGGCUUGAUGGCAGUCUCCCUGGAGACUUUGGCUUUGAUCCUCUUGGUCUUGGAUCUGAUCCUGAGACUCUGAGAUGGAAUGUUCAGGCAGAGCUAGUGCACUGCAGAUGGGCAAUGUUGGGUGCUGCUGGCAUUUUCAUUCCAGAAUUCCUAACAAAGAUCGGUGUCUUAAACACCCCCUCAUGGUACACUGCUGGAGAACUGGAAUACUUCACAGACACCACUACCCUCUUCAUAGUUGAGCUCUUUUUCAUUGGCUGGGCUGAAGGUAGAAGAUGGGCUGACAUAAUCAAGCCAGGGUGUGUCAACACUGAUCCCAUCUUUCCCAACAAGAAGCUCACGGGAACUGAUGUUGGUUACCCGGGUGGCCUUUGGUUUGACCCCCUUGGAUGGGGAGCUGGUUCUCCUGAGAAGAUCAAGGAGUUGAGAACUAAGGAGAUCAAGAAUGGGAGAUUGGCCAUGUUGGCUGUGAUGGGUGCAUGGUUCCAGCACAUUUACACUGGCACCGGUCCUAUUGACAAUCUCUUUGCUCACCUUGCAGAUCCUGGCCAUGCUACCGUUUUUGCUGCUUUUACCUCUAAGUGAAAAGAAAGGCUAAGAGGAGCUUCUGGAUCAGAUUGCAAGGCUGGUAGAAACAUCGGUGAACAUGUUUCACCCAAGUAAUAGAGCCCUAGUGUCUUAGGAGAGGAGUGUGUAUGUCGGUAGAAACUAAAAAGCUUGUAAUAUGGCUACUUGUAUGCAUUGCACAGAAUGAUAAUUGAACGUACAAAAACCUAUUUAAGAUUUAGAUGCCAUGAAUGUAAGUUCGGGUAAUAAUCAUGUUUGUGCAUAUAUGAUAACCAGCUUAGAGGAUAUUUCAUCCACGGCAAAAUCUGAGAAAAAUACUCAUUUUCUUUAUUAUCUAAACUUUUCUUUUUAGUACGUCAAAGGCUAUUAAUAAAAAUUAGAAUUUAACCC